AUGUUCGUCACCAGCUGCAUCAUCGUCAUCUAUUUCACUGUUUUCCUUCAAGUACCCCCCGCGCAUAGCCGUUACCGACAAUUAGCCACGAUUUCAGGGAAUCACGCUGAAACCAAUCGCGGAGUUCCUUCAAGUCGAGAAGAAAAACACGCACUCGAAGAACAUGAUCGAACACAUUUACAGUCAAGUUUGUCCCAUCUCUUCCCCCUUUCAUAUCACACCAUUUCCACUUUCAGCUUAUCGAUACCACAAUGGCUGGAAUGGAAGACAUCGCCGGAUUCAAGGGGCAUCACUGGAUUCGUGACACGUGGAUGAGUGUGAACAAUAACUAUUUGAGACCGAUUCUUGUGAACAAGAACACUUUGAAAGAAAUGGAUAAGACGAAGUUGGUCAGGAAGUACAAGGUGGGUGGUAAAUAGCUAUAGGAAGACGGAACAAGUUCAAGUUCAGCAUUUGGUCGAUGAAGACGCAAAGAAGAUCGCUCGUGGAGACCUGAACAGCAACCUUGUGUUCACGAGAGCACUGAUUGAGCACACGAGAAGCCGGACCAAUACUGUCGUGUCAGUUUCUCCCUUCUUUUCUUUUCCAAUCUGGACUUUCAGUGAUGGAACGACUCCGAACGGGAAAAUUGAUUUCGGGAAGCACAUGAGAGAGCAUCACGGAAUAACAGUUUACGAUGAGCACGAGAACCAUCCCGCCACGCCUGCUCCACUUUUCCAGGAGACGUCUGAAGUGGAAUACUCGAUGAGCUACCACGAAAACGAUGGAUUCGAGUCAGAUUCCGACAUUCUUGACUCGAGAGUUUAG